AUGCCCGCCUUUACCCUUUGGCAGCGCCGUUUGACUGGACAUCUCCUCAGAACUCCAAUCCCCCGGGCUAUCAUUUCCAAAGCCCAAUUCCUCGAUCAACCCAUCUCACGGUCUUUCUGGACCAAGCUUGAUCGUCCCACGCCGGCUGAAAUCUUCAAUCGCGUACCAUGGCCGACAACAAAGGCGCAGGAGAAGGAGCUGGUAGAAGGCGUAAGAACCGCGAUAUGGGCCGGAAUGAAUGGAGCAAGCCGGCAAGCGAUAGAUAAACGAGAACGUCUGGAGCAGCAAGCCGAGGCAAAGCGGCGCAAGAUCGAAAACGGCGAGGUGGUACAGGCCCCGAUCUAUGCCACGGAGUUUUCCAAGGAGGAGAUCGCGAAUGAAGAACGACGCCCCAAGAAGAAAGUCGCGCUCAUGCUGGGCUACUCGGGAACGGGCUACUAUGGCAUGCAGCUGAACGAGCACCAGAAAACCAUCGAGGGCGACCUGUUCUCCGCACUUGUUGCCGCCCGUGCGAUUUCCAAGGCGAAUGCGGCAGACCCCAAGAAAUCCUCCUUCGUGCGAUGCGCGCGGACAGACAAGGGCGUCCAUGCCGCUGGUAAUGUGGUGUCUCUAAAGAUGAUUGUGGAGGAUCCGAAUAUUGUUCAGAAGAUCAAUGACAACCUCAGCCCGCAGAUCCGAGUCUGGGGUUAUGAGCUCGCCACGAGCAGCUUCAGCUGCUAUCAGAUGUGUGAUUCUCGUGUCUACGAAUACCUGAUGCCCACCCACUGUCUCCUGCCGCCGCACCCCAGUACUCAUCUCGGGAAAAAGAUUGUCGAAUUGGCCGAGCAGGCGGGUGAUCUAGAUGAACUCAAUGCUAGACAGGAGGAGGUCAUGGGAUACUGGAAAAAGGUUGAUCAAGAAUAUAUCCAGCCCAUCCUGGAAAAGAUACCCGAAGACGUACGAAAUAUUGUGAUGAAAUCCCUCUUCGUCAAUGACGAAGAAGAGGCAUCGCCUAUGCGGGACGAGAGUACAGCAGAGGUCAAGGCUGAGGAACCCGUGACGCAGCCAGCCGCUGACACACAGAAACCCGAUACGGAUGCGAGCGAGGCUCCGGAAUUCAUUAUGGAUCCCCGCCAACGACUGAUCAUCGAUACUAUCAAGUCGAUCAAAGCAGCAUACAUUACCGCCAAACGGGCUUAUCGUGUCCCUGCAUCCCGUAUCGCUCGUCUACAGGAAUGUUUAGACCAAUAUGAAGGAACCAAGAGGUUCCACAACUACACCAUCCAGAAGACCUUCAAGGAUGCGUCUGCCCAGCGUCAUAUCAAGUCCUUCAAGGCCAACCCGACCCCGAUUGUGAUCAACGGCACCGAGUGGCUCAGCUUGAAAGUGCACGGUCAGAGCUUCAUGAUGCACCAAAUCCGGAAAAUGGUUGCUAUGGCUGCUCUUAUUGUUCGCAGUGGCUGCAAACCCAGUCGUAUUUCGGAGACAUAUGGCCCGGAACGGAUCGCCAUUCCCAAGGCCCCGGGUCUGGGAUUGUUACUCGAACGUCCUAUCUUUGAAACCUACAAUGCCAAGGCAAGUGGGCUAGGCCGCGAGCCUGUAGGAUUUGAGAAAUUCACCGCGGAAAUGGAGGAGUUUAAACAGCGGGAGAUCUAUGACCGGAUUUUCCGCGAGGAAGAACAAACUUCUGCUUUCAAUAUCUUCUUCAACCAUAUCGACCAUUUCCCCAUGGAGUAUUAUCUCUAUGUCACAUCCGGUGGUAUCGAAGCUGCUAAGCUGGCCGCCACCCCUGCCGAGUCAUCCCGUAAGCAAGAUGGGAAGUCCGAGAAGGAGAUUCUUGGCGCAGUUGAGUAUGGGUCAGAAGAUGAGGCAAAUGUAGCGGAAGAUAGUUAA